AUGCUAUCUGAUUUAAAGGAACUAAUGAAUAAGGUGCUUCCUAACCUGAGGAAUCAGUUUACAGACUACAACUGGCUAAAAACACGUGCCAUUUUAGCUCCAAAGAAUGUGGCAGUUGAUGAUUUGAACAUCAAAGUUCUGGAACAGCUGUCAGAUGAGCGUCACAUCUACAAUUCUAUUGACACUGUACUCAAUAUCGAUGAAGCUGUUAAUUAUCUAGUUGAAUUCUUGAAUAGUCUAACACCACCCGGCCUCCCACCUCACAACUUGCACCUCAAGAUCGGGGCACCAGUUAUGCGGCAUCGAAACCUCGAUCCACCAAAGCUUUGCAAUGACACAGGACUUAUAAUAAAGAAGAUGAUGCCAACAGUCUUGGAGACAACAAUUUUCACUGGUAAAGCAAGAGAUGAGCCUGUAUUCAUUCCUAGAAUUCCACUUAUUCCCUCGAAUAUGCCUUUCCAGUACAAGCUCCUGCAAUUCCCGUUGAAACUGAGCUUGCAAUGA